GAAAAUUUGAAGAAUGGCAGAAAGCAGGCUGCUGUGUUUUUUCUCUGGACUCAUGCUGCUGUGUUUUUUCUCCACAAGGGUUCUCCUUUCUGAAGGUCUUCCAGAUGUGGUCCAAACCCAGCAGACGGUGACGGCGGCCGUCGGAGGAGACGCUCUGUUCUGCUGCCAGCUGCUGCAGCCCAAAGACGUCUGGCAGGUCACCUGGCAGAAGCUGUCCUCCACCGGAGACGGCAGAGAGGGGAGCUGGCGGGACCUGGCCUCCUUCAACCGGUACUUCGGUCAGUGGGUGAACGCCAAGUUCUCCGGUAAGGUGGCGUUCAGAGACGCGUCCCUGCAGAACUGCUCCAUCGUGCUGCGGAGGGUGCAGGUGGAGGACGAGGGCUGCUACCGCUGCCUGUUCAACAUCGACCCCGAAGGCGUCUUCACAGGAAGAACCUGCCUGCAACUCCACGAGCUGCAGGCGCCGCUCCUCCAGGUGGGCGGCCCGGGCCCCGCCGGGGGCCCCCGGGUGGUGCGGUGCGUUGCCACGGGGCGACCCGCGCCCACAGUGACGCUCUCCGCCACCCAGCAGGGCCUCCGCCUGUCCAACCACAGCCGGGUCACGGUGUCCAACCCCAACGGCUCCGUCAGCGUCAACUCCUCGGCCCUGCUGUGGGGCUCGCCGCCGCACGGCGGCAUCGUUGGGUGUGCGGCGCAACAGCAGUCUGGUCCUCAGCUCCACACGUUUGUGACCCUUCCCGAGGUCGGAGAGCCGUCCGGGGAGGAGGAGGAGCCCGCCAGGCCCUCUCAUUCUAACGAAAGCAGCUGGGUUGCGUUGCUGCUGGCCGUGUCGCUGGCGCUGCUGUCACUGAUCUCCAUCCUGGUUGCUGUGGUCCUUGUCCUCCGGCGUGAACGGAAGAACAGGAGGGAUUCACAAAGGAACAGCACACCUGCAAAAGAAGCGCAGCCCCUCAUUGGAACAAACCAAACACCUUUAAGACAGCCGGAUCGCGAUUCACUGAAGCAGCGAACUCCCAGUUUCAAGACGACAGUUUCAAGAGUUUCACGAGUUUCACGAGAGCUUUUUUCCCAGAAGGAGAACUUUGGGUUCUUAGAUUACUGCAUUAAAAUUUGGGGCGGAGACGACAACAGUAGAAAAAGCAUGGAGCAAUAAUUCAAAUGAGACACUGGCUCCUGCUUGAAUAUGUUGAAAACAGAUUUUGCAUAGAUUUUUUUUUUUUUUACAUCUUUCAUAUAAUUGGAACACAUUUUUUUCAGUAUAAGAUCUCUGUACAUUUAAACUUGUUUUCUAUGUUUAUUACGUAUUGACCUUCUUUCAAUCAGUGUAAUCAAAUGAUGUGAAAACCUGCAUACAUACAGCUCGUUUUGUGCAUUUUGUUCUGGUUUAAUCGCUUCUAUAUGAUGAAUAUGACACUAAUGUAGUUCGAUUAUGCUAUUGAUCUUAAUAAACUUCCAUUUCAUUAAAAAAAA